AUGCACCCGUUUUAUAAUGCAUACGGCAGUGGUACGAACGUCGAACACCUGUACGAGGACAAUAGUUGGAUAGCGCCACCGUCCAAUACACCGAUGAAGGAUAUCGAAGCAUGCUUAGAAACGGUGUCGAGUUCAAAUAUUCAAGCAAUUAAAUCUAGUUCUCAUCAAUCAUAUUUAUCAUCAGACAGAAAAAGAUUAGAAAUCACAAAUAGUCAAGAACAUCCAAAACUUUCUGGGGUUGGUGCUGCAUUAGAAAUGAAACAUUUAUGGGAAGAAUUCAACGAACUUGGUACAGAAAUGAUCGUCACUAAAGCUGGCAGAAGAAUGUUUCCUACAUUCCAAGUUCGAUUAUAUGGUCUGGAUCCAGUAGCAGAAUACAUGCUUAUGAUGGAUUUUGUUCCAGUAGACGACAAAAGAUAUAGAUACGCAUUUCAUAGUUCAAGCUGGGUUGUUGCUGGUAAAUCAGACCCUAUAUCGCCCCCUAGGGUACACAUCCAUCCAGAUUCACCAGCGUCCGGAGGUCAAUGGUUAAAACAAGUGGUGUCGUUUGAUAAACUGAAGCUAACCAAUAAUCAGAUGGAUGACAAUGGACAUAUAAUCCUUAAUUCAAUGCAUCGAUACCAACCCAGAUUCCAUGUACUCUACAUUCCAGGACGAGACGAAGGCCCUUCACAUUCCUCAAACAAUUUUAAGACGUUUAUGUUUCCGGAGACUAAAUUUACAGCUGUCACUGCUUAUCAAAACCAUAGGAUUACACAAUUAAAAAUCGCCAGUAAUCCAUUUGCAAAAGGCUUCAGAGACUGUGAAACUGAAGAAUGUGGCCCAAUGUCUAUUGACAACGAACCACAAGCCGCUAAUAAUAAAUCGCAAUGCAAAAAAAGUGUCACUGGAAUACAUAACAACAAUAAUUGCUCUCAGUUCCCAAAUAAAGAGUCAACCGGAAAUUUGGGCACAGAAAACGUGUACAACAGCGACAGUUCAUCGUCGUCGUCACCUCCUCAUCUGGGUACGGCGCACGGUCAUCCGCAGCAAGUGGCCCCGACCGCAACAGGAGGGAUGACGGGAUCGACGGCGACGGUCCCCGUCACGCCCUACUUGAGCCAAGUAUGUAAUUAUGGACCGAUAUUCGCAUCUUCUGCGUACGCACAUCAUAACUAUUCGCCGUUUCACGGAUACGACAGAUUACAUCAGAAGAAUUCUAAUACAGACGUAGCAACCGGAUACCAUAUGUCCUACCAACAUCAUUACCACCACAGACCUUCCUCUUUUCACGGAACUCAGAAAGCAUCCAAUGCGUUUUUGCAAAAUGAUUAUACACCCAGGUAGUCAUGUGUCACUGAAAUAGUAUAUAGAUUUUUUUCUUUUAUAUAUAAAUGAAUUGUAAUUAUUUGAUUGUAUAUAAUAAUUAAUUAAACAUAAUAUGUUAUCUGAAAAUCAAUCCAUUUCCUAAUUGUUAUUUAUAGAUAUUUAUAAUACAGGAUUGUAUAUUUUUGUACAUAGUUUAAAGACAAUUAAAACUUAUACACAUCAAUGUAU